AUGACCCGGCAAUCAGAUGUACAGGAGUGCAUGAACUCCAUCUCCAAUCGCUCCGAGAAGGCAACGGAUGUCCGCGCGUAUGACGAGCAGUCCGUUGAAGAGCGCAUGCGAAAACUCUUUACUGAAAUAGCGGAAAAAAAAGCAGCAGAGAAGAAAAAAGCAGAUGAACUGGCGCAGAUACCAGUAAAAAAUGAGGACGUGGAGGUGCUAAUGUCUGAACUCGGUUGGGAACGUACAGUAGCAGAACAUCGGCUACGUGAGAAGAAAGGUGAUAUUGUUGCCAUAAUGCGGGAAGUUGUUGGACUUCCAAAGGCAAAGGUGACCGUGAAAACAGUAUCUUAA